AUGGCUGUGGGUGAGGACAAAGAAGAGCUUAAAGCUUUAAAACAAGACUUGCAACAUGAAAUCUGGAGAGCUUCGAGAGCUAUCCAGUGUGCCGCCAAUGUCAUAAAAGAGUGGCAAACAAGAUCUGGCGGAACAUUGGCGAGAGGAAGAGGAGCAGCUGUGGAAGAGAAGAAAGAGGAGCUUCUUUUCGUCACGUCUAAUGCGCCUAUAGCUGCUUUGGCCAAAGAGCAAGCAAGGGUAAGACAGAUCCAAAGAGCUGCGUGGCGAUGCUUAUCCUUGUUUCAAUGCAGGAGAAGCCCAACGCAGCUCGUCAAGCAACAAAUCCGAGAGGAGAUUCGCAAGAGAAGGGAGGAGGACAAGAACCGUGCUCCCAAGACCGAGAAGGAGUUUCUCGAAGUAAAGAUCCGAAGGGCUUUGUACACGAUCGAUCUCAACAGGACGGAGAUCCGGCGAAAGCAUUCGUCCCAUCUCACCGAAGGAAAGCAUUGCUUGCGAGAAACGGAGCCUCUGAGUGAAAGAGAGGCGGCGCACUACGCAAGGAUUGGAAACAAAAACCAGAACUUUGCGUCCGUCGGUAAGCGUGGGAUCUACGGAGGUGUGAUUCACAACAUCCACACCAACUGGAAGUUCCAUGAGACGGUGAGGAUCAAGUGCCCGCGCCACAACAGCAUGGAGGAGACGCGGAGAAUCAGUGCCGAGGUAGCGAGAUUGAGUGGAGGCAUCGUGCUCGAUGUCCUUGAGGACCGGACGGUGAUUAUGUUUCGUGGUAAGAACUACCAGACACCAGAGGAGCUCUAUCCUCCAACCUUGGAAGCUGUCGACAGGAGAAAUGCCGAUUCUAGGCACCACAUCCAACGGGCUUUGGAUUCACAAGUUUACAGGCUGGGGCAAUACAUUUCCAGGUACCACUUUCUCAAAGAAGACAGAGAGCCCGCUCAAGCCACGCAGCCGAUGAUAUUCUUACCAAGGGCUGGCAACAAAGAAAGAGAAGAAGGUUUAGAUCAAGGUUGUCAAGUAGAUGGGGAGAAUGGUGAUAAAGAUCAGGCUAGAGCAGCAGCAGCGGAUGUUAUAGCUACACAGGCGAGCCGCGAGCGAGUGGAAAAAAAGAUGGCGUCCAGAUUUGCGAGAGAACUUGGCCGCCACAAGACCGAGAUUGGGAAGGAGAGGAGACGCGCGAGAAAGAACUUGUUUGAUUACAAGAUUCGCAGGUGUGGGGGGAUAAAAGCGUACCUCCGUGGCCUGGGAGUACCAUAUCCAUUUCCAAGACUCCACUCUUAAACAAAUCCAGGGAGAUAAGCUUGGAACUUCUAUGA